AUGUUGACGAUCCCUGUGGGCAUCUCAAUCAUCACCUUCCAUGGCGGCUUGCAGUCUACACUUGUCGUGGAGGCAAUGAGCGGCACCGAGAUGAAGCCCCCCGAGUGGUUCAGCCAGGCGAAGGGGAAGGGAACGCGCGGGGCAGAAGGACCAGUCGAGGCGGCGAAAGGCAGCGGCGGCGGCCAGGCGGGCAAGAAAGGGCGCAAUGGGAACAAGGGUCUGCUGGAGGCUGUGGCCAAGCUCUUACUGAUCGUCACUCGCGAAUUCGGCGACGUCCGCGCCUGCGUCUUCGUCAACUGGACGGCUCCGACAGCAGCUGGCUUCGUGCAGACCAUGAUCAUGGCAGGGAAGAAGUACGACGAGUACAGCAAGGAGCUUCGCAAAGACGCUGAGAACGGCGUCGAGUUCGAUUACAAAAAGAGGGGCGACAAGCCGAAGGAUGUGCAGGAAGCCCUGGUGGAAGUGCUGGAGCGGACUAACAACGUGGUCUCCAAGUUUCCGCUGAGCGAGCUCGGCGAAGUGGUGAAGAUGCGCUGCGCCAAGGCGCAGAAGAAGACCGAGGCCAGCGAACCCAAGAGCACGAUCUUUCCCAACUUGGACCGCCACACGGAGCUGGGCCGUCUCGUCGCCACGCUGGGGAUCGUGAUUGCGGCCGAGGGCGGGAAGAUGCUCACAGGGCCCGCUCCGAGGGGGCCAUUGGAGAGGGAGGUAGUGCAGGGGUGA